AUCUUCCCGGCUUUUGUUUAUAAUUUUCAGAUUGGCAACUAAUCACACAGGCAUCAACAUGUCGGACGCUGAAGAUGAUUUUAUGUGUGAUGAUGAAGAGGAUUAUGAUUUAGAAUAUUCUGAGGACAGUAACUCAGAACCUGAUGUUGAUUUGGAAAAUCAGUAUUAUAAUUCAAAGUCAUUGAAAGAAGAUGAUCCAAAAGCAGCCCUUAAUAGCUUUCAAAAGGUAUUGGAUUUGGAAGGAGGUGAAAAAGGAGAAUGGGGCUUCAAAGCUCUCAAACAGAUGAUUAAAAUAAAUUUCAAAAUGAGUAAAUAUGGAGAAAUGAUGAACAGAUAUAAGCAGUUACUAACUUAUAUCAAAAGUGCUGUUACUAGAAACUACUCAGAGAAAUCUAUUAAUUCCAUAUUGGAUUACAUUUCUACAUCAAAACAGAUGGAACUUCUGCAAGAAUUCUAUGAAACUACCCUAGAAGCCCUAAAAGAUGCAAAAAAUGAUAGACUUUGGUUUAAGACCAAUACGAAACUUGGAAAAUUGUACUUUGAUCGCGGUGAAUACACUAAAUUAGCAAAGAUUUUGAAACAACUUCAUCAAUCUUGUCAAACUGAUGAUGGAUCUGACGAUUUAAAAAAAGGAACUCAGUUACUAGAAAUCUAUGCAUUAGAAAUUCAGAUGUACACAGCGCAGAAAAACAACAAAAAAUUAAAAAAAUUGUAUGAACAGUCUCUUCACAUAAAGUCUGCGAUUCCUCAUCCUUUGAUUAUGGGUGUUAUAAGAGAAUGUGGUGGCAAAAUGCACUUACGUGAAGGUGAAUAUGAAAAGGCACAUACAGACUUUUUCGAAGCAUUUAAGAAUUAUGAUGAAUCUGGAAGUCCUAGGCGGACAACAUGUUUAAAAUAUUUAGUUCUUGCAAAUAUGCUUAUGAAGUCAGGAAUUAACCCAUUUGAUUCUCAGGAAGCCAAACCAUACAAAAAUGAUCCAGAAAUUUUAGCUAUGACAAAUUUAGUAAGUGCAUACCAAAAUAAUGACAUAAAUGAGUUUGAGAAGAUUUUGAAAAACAAUCGUAAGAAUAUAAUGGAUGAUCCUUUCAUCAGAGAACACAUAGAAGAUCUUCUUAGAAAUAUAAGAACUCAAGUACUAAUCAAGCUAAUUACGCCUUACACUAGGAUUCAUAUACCUUUCAUUUCAAAGGAAUUAAAUAUUGAUGUAACUGAAGUAGAAAAUUUAUUGGUGUCAUGUAUAUUAGAUAAUACUAUUCAGGGUCGAAUAGAUCAAGAAAAUCAAGUUCUCAAACUGGACAAGAAAACACUGGGUGCUGCUAGGUACAAUGCAUUAGAUAAAUGGACUGGUCAACUAUCAACUCUACAUAAAACUAUUGUUAAUAAAAUGGCAUAGCAAGAGCAUAAUUCUUUACAAAAUAUGCUUGGUCUAUAGCUAUUUUAGCUUAAGAUCAAUGCUAAGCACUCUGUGAUUGACUGAAUUAACCCUCGUCCAGUGGCGAUACAUUCACUUGCCAGAUGUUGGAUAAUGAAAGGAAAAAUAUCAGCCCGUUCCGAAUGUGCCUGUUCAAAUAAAUAAAAGUAUGUGAAUGUGGAUGUAUAAUUAUGAAGGGCUUCAUUUUCCCAUCUAACCAUGACUUUUUCAUACCAAAAAGUUCAUCAUAAUAGAUUGUUUUAUUUCAUUAAUCUAUUUCAGUGUAAAGUGUGCUGUCAAAUUUCAACUGCUAGCUGUAAUUUGUUAUCAGUGCUCAUCCAAGUAAAUAGGGUUAAAAAAAUUAAAUGUAAUAUACUAUUUUCUGUUGUAACUUUUGAUUGUAUGCUAUUUGGUUAUACUAACAAAUUUUCAUAAUUAUUGUGCAACACUCUUCAAAGUUAAAAUUGCUUUA